UGAAACUGGAGUAGCGCUGAAUUUUGACGGACUGAAAUUGUGGGAGGUCUCCCACGUUCAGAAAUUUAGGGUUCAUUUGGGGGAAUUUCGUGGUGUUCGGAGCUGUCCGGAAUCAGAAAACUAAACUUCAAUUAAUUUUCUGAUGAAGAUCAGUGCACUUGGGUCUCGAUUGAGGUCCAAUCCAACGAACGUCUUCGACUGUUUCUGCGAAGUUGCAUGUCCUGUCGCAGACGGUAUUGACGGUGUUGUAUCAAAGCCAUGGAUCCUGCAGAAAUUCCCGGAAAACUACAACAAUCAAGAAGUUCUGAAGUCAAUGCCAGAUUUUGUAUUUCCAUGCGACUAUGAGAAGGUUGUGGUUCAACAUUGGAGCUUUGUCUUGACAAACGUAGAUUCGAAAUGGACUUUUGGAUUUUGUCGACAUUCCGGAGGCAAUGCCGCGUCCGACACAGCGCUAGUGAUCUUGUCUUGUCUUCCAUGGCACGAACCUUUUUUCAAAAUCUUGAACGAAAUAGCGUCGCUUCUGUUUUCUGGUCGAACGGCCGCGUUGAUGAAGUUUCUACAAGCUUUGUACUCCUCGCGACUACCCGAACCCGGAAAACAAUUGUCCAUCUCGCUUCUUGAUGCUGCAAACGGAAGUUUCUCAGUAGCUUGUCCGGAUCAUUUUAGUCUUCCGAAAAUUCCGGAUAAUAUAAAUUUGAUGGAAUAUGUCAAUGCAGUUGACAUCAACUGCAUGAUUGAAAUAUUUUCUGCGAUGCUGAGGGAAAGAAGAAUAAUCGUGGUUUCGAAGAAACUUUCGAGACUGUCAGCCUGCGUUCAGGCUGCUAAUUCGUUAAUCGCACCAAUGAACUGGCAGCACAUAUUCAUUCCAUUAUUGCCGCUCAAAUUGAUCGAGUAUCUCUCUGCUCCCAUGCCAUUCCUUGUUGGCGUUCCUGCUCCAAUAUUUGCAAAAGUUCGACGGAAUGAGAUUGGUGAAGCUGUCAUUUUGAACGCUGAUGAUAAUCGGAUUGAAUCGCCGUUUCGAGAUGCGGAUGGACUUCCUCCUGAAAUUCUCAGCCAUUUGAAGAAGAGCUUGAACAAUCCUACUAAUCUGAUGGGGGAAGGCGUGAGUCGUGCCUUUCUGAGGGCGUUGGUUGCGCUCAUAGGAGGUUAUCGAGAUGCGCUUCGACUCAAGGAUGGACAGAAAGUGCUAUUUGAUCAUGACAUGUUCAUCAAAACCCGUCCUCCAUCUACUCAGCCAUAUCUGAAGGAGAUGCUGUGCUCACAAAUUUUUCAGCAGUUUGUUGAUGAACGUGUGGAAAUCAUGAACUCUGGACAAGGAUUCUCCGAUGAGUUUGAAUUGGAAGCAGCUCUGCAUGCUGUUACCUCUGAAUCAAAAAGCGUUCCGUCAGCUGUGCUGAAGGAUUGGAUGGGUAGUGUCAAGAAGGAGGGCGGUCAUUUGUUGAAGACCGUUCGCACAAAAGCGAAUCCCGCUGUUAAAACUGCCGUGCAAACAGUGAAAGAAAAGAGUAAAUCCGUGAAAACAAAAAGUCAGUCAGCCGUACGUGAUAUCAGAUCAAAACUAGGCGUGGAACGAGAGCUUUCAAGUCCUGGUCAGUUGCAGUCAGAAUCUUCAUCUCCGACUAUCAGGCGUAGAAGAAAACAGGGGUCCUUAGAAAUCAAGCGUCCGGUAGGAAGUAUGCACCGAAGAGUUCUGACGGAUAUCAACAUUCCCGCUAGUGGAGAAAGUGAAAUCGUGCGAACUUCUGGAAACGGUGAUUUAAAUCAUGCGAAAAGCGACUUGCUGGUUUUUUUCAAUGAUGAGUUAGACGCUGUGGGGACUCCGUCGCUCAGUUCAUCCUCCUCAUCUGUUGAUCUCGAGCCUCCGAAGCACGAAGACUUCGAUUUACUUGAGGAUUUGAAACAAGCCUUUGACGCUCGUUUGUCAGCAACGACAAAUUUUGAAAGUGAUAAGCUAUCUCGUGGUCGAAGUGUCGGAGAUUUGUUAUGUGAUGUACCACCAGAGCCGCCUGAGCGACCAAGUCCGCUAGGACAUCCGAAUCCACUUUAUGCACUUCACUAUCCCGAAGCUUCUGAUCAACCACCUUUGCCGCCAGUUCCUGCCAGGAAAAAGCUAUCAUUUGAGUCAGGCCCAUCGACCUUUAAACCCGCCAGCAAUGCCGCAGAGCCUGCGGCGACUCCUUUGCUUCCGUUUGGUUCUUCGUCCUCCAGUUUGUCCGGCUUGACCGCUGCAUUUCCUUCUUUAUCAAUCUCACCCAAUGGGCCUUCAGCUGCUUCUGGACCGCCCGUAUUGCCGCCGCCGUUGGUUCCGCUUCCAACUGCUGCAAAUACUGCUCUCAAUACGGUUUCUUCGCGAAAAGCUUUUUUUGAUUCAUUGUUGGAGGAAUCUUCUUGCCAGUCGCCUGCUCCUAAAGCUUCGGACUACAGUGAGACUGAAAAUGUCAGAAAGCAGUUACCUUCGACCGAAGCCGCCUUCGUCAUGGUCGACGUUUCCGAAAGAAGUUUCGAGGCCAUGCUCGGCUCCGCGUGGCGAAAAGUGUUGCAGAAAACACGCAGAGCUGUUGUGUACAUGGAUGGCGUGAUGGCAGAAUGUCUGCAGUGGAACGGUGGGGUGAGCCAGCUUUUCGGUGCUGGUGCCCUCGCCGUGCAUUGCUUUUCAAAAGAUGCCCCCACUGUUGUUGGAGCAAAAAAGGCUGUGUUCGUUUUGCGAGGACCGCUAGCCGGUCCUUCGCGUGAUACUUUGCGGGUGAUUAUCUCUAAUCAUCGCUAUGACUAUUGCGUCGUCAUCACCGCUGCUUCUGCCGGAAUACAUAGAUUUCUGAAGAAUAAGAGCUCCCCGGCUAAUCCAAAUCAAAUUGAUGGCAAACAAGCCCAAUUGAACGCGGAUAUUUUGGAAGAAAUGGAAAUUGGGAUUUUGCAAUGGACCGGUAAUCCUAAUUCGACGGUCGAGAUCAGGCCCCAUCCUCUGGCCGCCCAUAUUCAGCUGAUGGAAGACGUGAUCUUGCUUCCGACAUGCGUCGGACUAGACUUGAUGGGGGAAUCGAGUCCUGUACUUUUUCGUCACUUCGCCUUUUCUUUGGCAUACUUUUGCUCAACAAUUUGCUCGUCACGUCCGGAAGUUUUUUACACCCCGGGCUCCAAUUCGGAGAAGCUGUCAAGGGAUUUCAUUGCUGCCGCUUUCGAAGACGGACUUUGGCCGUCGAGGGUCGAUAAACGCUUGAAUCAGUCUGACAAACAUGCUGCUCAUGUUAUUCUUGUGGACAGAGCCGCUGAUUUGACUUCUGUUAGUGGGCACUGGACAGGAUCCGUCGCAGAAUCCGUGUUUUCAUCCAAGUUUUUCCCGCACCUUCCGGGACAUAGUUCCGAUUUGACUAUCAUGAUACCAAUAAUCGCGGAGAAACAGACCACGCGAACGGAAGUUUUUCCUGGUUGCCUCUCGGAUAUCCUCGCUGAGCAGCCGGGGUUACUCUCGUCCGCGUUCAUGGAUCCGAAGGACCGCUGUUUGAAGAAAUUUUUCAGCAAGUGUGACGCGGUUUUGCCCAACGACGACGAUGAGUUCCACGACGCGAGUGAGCACGAAAACCUGUCCGAGAAUAGAAGCGAAGUUCUGCGAGAUUACACUUCGAGGUUCUACGAAGCUGUAGGAAAAGUCAAAGAAGCGGCAUCCUUUAUGCAAAUGUGCUUGUUAGCGAAGGCUGCUAUUGACGAAGAAGCAAAACGAAAUUAUCUCGCGUCUGCUGAGCGGAAUCUUGUACAUCUUUGGAUGAAACACGACCCAGACGGCGAUUUGCUUGAUUUGAUCAUCCCAGAGGUCGAGCGAUGGAUACGAUGUAGACAUGACGAAGAUUUAACUCUGGAUGAUGUCUUAGGAUUGUUGGUUUUCUGUGCUUCAUUAUUCGGAGAAUCAGUGUUGCGUUUGUUCGACUCAAUGGAUACCGAUGAUGACGACAACCGGGAGAAUAGUAGUCGAGGGAGUAGUCCAACCGGUGGGCCUGAAAUUGAACUCUCAUUAAUCGAUGCGCUGUGGGAAGAUCAAGAGAAUUUGCCGAAGAUUUGCGCUAAAAUUGUCGGUCAAGAGAUUGACGAGGUGUCAGUAAGAAUGGCGGGCCGGAAAAUCUGUGAAAAACUCUCAUGGGUGGCAUCACGACGAAAGAAAUGGUCGUCGCAGUUCCAUGAGCUGGUAGUGCAGAAGGAUCCUUAUUUCCCGGCGGAAUACAGUUACUUGAUUUCCGAGCUACUCAAAGGUGUUGUCAGUCCUGCGAAGCCUGAGAUAACAACCUUAAGCCAUCGUCCGUCCGAGGAAGAGGGUCUACGUGAUUUACUGAAAAGUGGAUUAGGGUUUCUGAUGAAGUCCAAGAAAUCCCGUCACCCUGGGGACGCGGAUACAAUCAUUGUUGCCGUUCUGGGUGGAUUAUCUCCUUACGAAAUCAGAACUCUGCGAAACGAAAUUGGCGGAAGAAGUGACAAGCGGAUAAUAAUAUGCGGGACCCGGCUGUUGAAACCUGAGGACAUAUUGGAAGAUUUGUUUAUUUAAACUGCACUCGAGGAUUCGUCCUCGAAUUAUGCUGUUCUUUUGUUUGGAAAUUCGUGGAAUGCAACUCUUUUUAUUGAUCGU